AUGAGCGCUCUGCCUAUUCAGGGCGCUGAGGGAGUGAAGAUGGAUCAUGAUGACUUCCAGAAUCUUACCUCUAUCUUGUGGGGGGCUUUGCGUCGCCUGGCGGACGUGGCCGGUGUAACUACCGUUGUUGCCAUACUAAAGAAACGCCUGAGCGGCUAUAGCGUGUAUUCAAUCAAGACUUCGUCAACCGCGACCUCGCCGAUUUGCGUCGGAGAGUCUAAACUUUCGCAUUUACCACAACGUCUGACGUCGUCAAGCUCGACGUUUCGUGCUACAAAGGCGAGGAUCGAAGCGCCUCGCGCUUAG